GAUUAAUAUUUAAUAGUCAUUAAUUGGUAAUCUUUAAAUAAUUAUAAUAUUAUAACUUAAAAAAAAUUCAGUUAAUACGCCAUAGUGUAAUUGUUAAGUAUUUAUUUUGAUUAUAAGAAUGUACUGUUGACUAGUUUAACAAAAUGUCUUUAAAAAGUGUUCUAAAAAAGAAGUUUAAGAUAAAAAAUCCAAUUACAUCAAUGAAGAAAAAAAAUAAACCAAAGCAUGUUCUUCAUACGCCGUCUACAGAUACUUAUAGUAAAAUCGAUGGAGAAAAUAUUAUAAAAGAACGUUCCAUAACUGACAAAGAGCAAAAAAAAAACAUAAUACCCGAAAAAACAUUAAAUGGUGAGAAUGGCAAUGAAAAACAUAUUAAUAAUGAUGGAUCAAUAGAAUUAACAACCGUCAACAAGAAAAAACGCAAAUCUACAGAUCAAGAUAUUAGUCUUGAAUGUGUACCUAUAAAAAAAAAGGUAACUUUUGCAGCUGAUGUAAAAAGUGAAAAAGAUGAUCAGAAAAGCAGUGCUGGAAAAUUGAAACUAAUAAGCUUAAACAAACGGAAGAAAUUGAAUUAUAUAAAAAAAUUAAAGGCUAAAAAAAAUAAACAAAAAAAUGCAAAAAAGUGUGAAGAAAAUGCCACUGCUAUUAGUACACCUAGACAAGAACGAGCCGUGGAAUAUUUAAUGCAAUGGAAGAAUGAUCGAUCAAAUUGGAAGUUUAAAAAAAUUUAUCAACUUUGGUUGAUUAAAAACACUUAUGACCCCCUGAAAGUGUCUAAAGAACACUUUGAAGUUUUAGUAGAAUAUCUUCAAACUAUUGAAGGUAAAAGUCGCAGUAUAAUUCUUCAAAGUGCUAAUACAGUUGUCUCAGAAUUUUCUAAUUCUAAUGAAGGACAACAAGAAUUAAAUUCAUCACAAGAAGUUAAAUAUCAACGAGCCAGGACUAUUAUUCAAAUGUUUGAAUGAUACAUUUAACCAAAUAUAUUUUUUUCCAAUUAAAUGUAACUAAUUUUGUUUUAUUACAUAUUUAAAUAUUUAAUAAUAAAAAUUAAAUAAAUAGCAUUAAAACCAUAAA